UGUUGUGCUGAAAGGAAGAAUUAACUGGUCUUUCAACUUCAGCCUUUUUAUUGUGAGAGGGGAGAUCACAGAAGUGUUACCAUGGGGAGAACAGCAGCUAAAGAUUCAAAGAAUAUUAGAAAAGAGAAAGAUGGAAAGAAUCAGCAGGCAAACAACCCGUCUUUAAAAAGUGAACAGUUUAAUUGGGAUGAUUAUCUGAAAGAGACUGAAUCAGUAGCUGCCCCUCUGCAUUGUUUCAGACAGUCUAGAGUUCCACCUACGAAUGAUUUCAAAGUUGGUAUGAAACUGGAAGCCCACGAUCCUCGCAAUGUUACCUCAGUUUGUAUAGCUACAGUAAUUGGAAUCACUGGUGCCAGGCUAAGGUUGCGGCUGGAUGGAAGUGACAAUAAAAAUGAUUUCUGGAGGCUUGUGGAUUCCUCGGACAUACAGCCCAUCGGGACCUGUGAAAAGAAAGGGGGCAUGCUCCAGCCUCCACUUGGGUUCCAGAUGAAUGCAUCCUCUUGGCCAAUGUUUCUCUUAAGAACUCUAAAUGGAGCUGAAAUGGCACCUGCAGCAUUCUUUAAGAAGGAACCACCAAAACCUGUGCCAAACUGCUUUAAAGUUGGAAUGAAACUUGAAGCUAUAGAUAGAAAGAACCCAUACCUGAUUUGCCCAGCAACCAUUGGAGAUGUUAAGGGAGAUGAAGUUUUUGUUACAUUUGAUGGCUGGAGUGGAGCAUUUGACUAUUGGUGCAGGUGUGAUUCUCGAGAUAUUUUCCCAGUCGGAUGGUGUAGCUUGACAGGAGAUACAUUACAACCACCAGGGAACAAUGUUUCCAUUACAAAGAGCAGUGCAAAAAUCCAAUCUUCCCCUUCCAAAGUGACCCGGCGUUCAAUGCAGUCUCCACAGAAAUCUGCUCCAGUACCGGCGCAGCGGGGCAGGAAACCAGGUCGGGGCAAACCCCCUGGACAGUCUGCAGUUCCCAAGAAGGGCAGGUCUCCUAAAAAUAUUCCCCUGACAAAAAGCACCUCUCAUACUGAAAAUCUUAAAACAAGGAAAAAAAGUUUAAAACCUGGAAAAAAGAAAAAAGUCUUGCCAGAGCAACUGGCUCCUACAUCUCCUUCUCCUCAGUCGUCUCCUGAGGGGGACAAUGGCACUAUGCAGAUACUUAAAGAUGGAACCAGUUUGUCUGGUGCAACUGCAGCAGUUAUAUCCACAGUGUGUGUUUAUGUGAACAAACAUGGAAAUUCUGGGCCUCACCUGGAUAAGAAGAAGGUUCAGCAGCUUCCAGACCAUUUUGGACCAGGUCCUGUCAAUGUGGUGCUUCAGCAGGCUGUACAGGCUUGUGUGGAUUGUGCCUAUCAAGCCAAAACAGUCUUUGGAUUUCUGAAAUCUGGCCAUCAUGGAGGGGAAAUGAUAACUGCUUCCUUUGAUGGGGAAAAGCAUGCCAUCAAUCUUCCUUCUGUAAACAGUGCAUCGUUUGUCCUACGCUUCUUGGAGAAAGUCUGCCACAGUCUGCAGUGUGAUAAUCUCUUCAGUAGCCAGCCUUUCAGCCCUUACAUGGGAUGUGCACAUAGUCCUAUGGAAUACGAUAGGAAUAAGCCAGCCAAAGAAGAAAUACCUGAAAACAGGAGUGCUAAACGAUACUCUCAGGACUCUCCAUCAUACACUGCUCCUCUUUCCCCUAAGCUUCCCAGAAACGAUGCUCAUCCAUCUGAAGCAGAAACAUUGCCUAUAGAGGAAAACAGCACUUCCAAAGAACACCGAUUUUCUGAGGACUCUAUGGAUUCUGCACUUAAUUCUGUAAAUCCGUCAAACCCAACCUGUCGUAAUUCCACGGAGUACCGUACUUCAGGAAAUGCUGCAUAUUACAGAAAUUCCCACCAGCCAGCAACUGCUACCUCAAAUUCAGCCCCAGUCCUGCGCAGGCUGUCCCUGAGCUCUGCUGGGAGCAGUGGUUACUAUGAAGUCAGCAGGAAUCGGAUACAGAGGCGGAUUGAAGCUGCAAGUUCCACAACUGGACCGGAUUUGAAUUCACUAAAAAGGGAACCUUCAAGAAUAUUGAAUAAGGAUCCUUCCACUUGGUCAAUAGAGGAAGUAGUGCGUUUCGUGAAAGAAGCUGAUCCACGGGCACUGGCUCCACAUGCAGAACUCUUUAGGAGACAUGAAAUUGAUGGGAAGGCACUACUCUUACUGAGGAGUGAUAUGAUAAUGAAAUAUAUGGGACUGAAGCUGGGGCCUGCCCUGAAGUUGUGCUACCACAUUGAACGACUUAAACAAGGAAAGUUCUAGCCAGUGGGGAUACAACAAACACGUGUGCUCGGAUCACACCAAGCUCUCAGGUUCACAGCCAUCGCCUUGAUUUGAAACUUUUGCUGAUAUAAACCUUUAUUUUUUGAAAGUGCUCUUGAAAUGUAAAAGAGACAUUCAGGAUGAAGGGGAGGGUAGGGAUUUGUGUUACAUUCUUGUAUUUUUGCAGAUUGUUUCACAGAAAGUUGGCGGUGAGGGACAAUUGAUCAUACUGGGUGUGGGCAGGUGUGGUAACAACACUCUCCGAAUCCUGAAAAGUGUGUUCUUUGUUACAGGCUUCAGCCAACGUGUUCAUAUCCAGAACCAAAACAGCUGAAUCCCAAAGGGACAUAAUAAAUUGAACCAGCAUCAGGUGUUAAUAAUUUUUACAGGGAUGGCUGUAAACUUUUAUAUUGCAAGAAAAUCUUAAAAUAGAAUCAUCUCUGUAAUGAAUACUCUGGUCUUUCAGAAGAGAGGAAGGGUUAUGGAAGAGAGGGCUUAAUACAAAUAUAAGCUUUUAUAAAGUGUGAUUAUCAGUCCUUUGGGAAGUUAUGAGGACAAAUGUACCGUAUAUUGUCAAUUUAGGCAGGCAGUAAAUAUUUCUGUUUCAUGGAAGGUCAUAUUGGCUGUAUAAACAGCCAUUUCUGAGACAGACUGAUUUCACUGGAACAAUGCAUCCACAUAUUAAGCAUUCCAUCUUUUUGCUAAGUAUGGCAUAGAUGUGUGUGUUCAUGCUUUUUACAUGUACACGUGUAUGUGUCAGGGAAAUACAUACUAUAUAAAUAUAAAAAUAUACAUACACAUUGUACAUAUAUAUUCAGUUUUUUAAUGUGUACUUUGCACUGUGCCAGAGAGAACUGUACAAUUUCUUGUUGGUUUUUUUUACCAGUAAAUGUAGUUGUGUAUUACUUUCAUUAGCACCUGUUUAAUUUGUUCUUGGAAUCAGAAGGUGACAAACAAUCAAAAGGUGUCUUUAUUCAUACAGGCGAGACCCUGUACUAUGCAAUACUCCUGGUUAUUCAUCCCUUAACUCUGAGCCAUAUAUUCUGAUAUAUUUUUGGAAAGACACGUUUGGUUCCAAUGUUUUGGGUUUAUAUUUCCUGUGAGGAAGUGCUACUAUGUAACUGAUAAACCUUUUUUUGGGUAAAAUUGGUGCUGUUUGUAUAAGCUGCAAGAAUGAGUGGUGAUAAUAAAACAGUUUGUUGUCACUGCCAGUUGUAAAAUACAUCAGGGACAAGAAAAUACACUUUCUUUUUAGGAAACUGAAUGUACUAUAUGUAAUAGUCAAGUGAUAAAAACUGUUUGUUAGGGAAGGUGUAGUCCUAAAAUGGUAGGAUUUAUUAUAUUUCUUAAUGCCUUUUUAUAUGAAAACAUAUAGUAUAAAUGUAUUUUUUACAAAUUACUUUUUUGAAAAUGCCUUUCUUUACCCAUAGACUGAUACUCAUCAGAUUUCAGCAGAGAUGCUGCUAGAAAACAGUGAAUUUUGUGACUCACAAGUCCAAGUAUUGUGUUAUUUUAAGUGACUGCAAUGCAAUUUCAAUUCAGCAAGUCAUUUGGGCCCUGAAAAUUGUUUUUGUUAUUACAUCAUUAGGCAUUUGACACUAAAGUUUAUCUGUAUCGAUUUGUUUUGCAUAUCUUUUUGUGGUGCAUGUAUGCUUAGAUGAAUAAUACAGGCAUGCUCUUUAUAGUAAGAAAAGGUCAGAGCAGUGAUUGAAGAAACAGAAUAUUUUCUCUUUUUGUUAGAAAAAUACUGACUUAACUUUCAUAUGGUUACACCAAAAAUUAUAUAUUAAGGAAAACAUCAUGCCCCACAUGUUGAGUAUAUUGUUUAUACAUAUAUAUAAUUGUAUACUACUUCUUCUAUGCUUUAUUAUGCUGAAUUUGGGUUCUUCAGCAUAAAAAGAUCUCAUACAAUUUAAGUGGAAGUAAUUGACUGAAAACAGUUUUCAUUUUUUACAUUGCCCUUGGCAUAAGAAAAACAAAGAUGUUUAAAUUUUCUGUUUGGCCUUUAUGGAAUGACAUUUUUGUACAUGGCACUAUUAUGGGUAUAAAUAUUUGUUCAAGGCUUUCUGUGCACCCAUGUGCACAAAGAUAACUGUGAUGUUGAUGUACCAGAAAUUGGCCGUGUGCUGUAGCGUGAGAUUCAAGCACUCUGAGUGCUACAGCAGAAUAUAUUUUUUAUUCUUUAUUUUCAGUGGGACGUUCUUAUCUAGCAAGAAAAAUAAAACAGUUUGUUCAUUGUUGUAACUGUCCGUUCUGUUUGACGCCGUGUGGAUGUGUGAGCGCUCUCUGCGUAGGCAAGGGUGGCUGUCUUACCUGGCAUUUGGCAGUUCUUGACAGUUCAUGGAAACAUCUGAUGUAAGGAAGUUUUAAUGAAAAGGGUAAGAUCAUUCCAACAUUGUUCAUCUGAAGCAAUUAGUGUUUGAACUUGGAUUGUUCUGUGCUUUCAAAAUAAAAACUUGUUUAGUUAUUCAACUAUUUCAUUUUAUAUAUCUCAUUUUGCAACUUACAGCUUACAGAAUUCUCAUAUAACCACUGAGGGGAAGAGACUGAUAAAAACUGUUUGUGCUGUGUUCAGAUAAAGACACAACAUAUUUUUAAUCAAAGCAGUUAAUGGCAAUUAAGUUUGAACUUCGUACACCUCAAGCUUUCUUACUUCUGUGAUACAGAAGUCUCUUGUUCCAGUGGCUGUUUGCAGCAAUCAACCUGUGCCUGAGAAGGAACUUGGAUUGGGUUAAUGGUAACCUCACAACUGUCACAGGCAGAUAACGAAAAUUGGAAGCUGGCAGUGACAAUAGUCCAGAGGCAUUUUGCAUCUGAUCUCUCUCAGAACAUACUUAGUAUUUUUUUGGUGUUUAUUUGAUAUACAUGACAAUAUGAUUUAGUCUCUUUGUUUCUCCAAGUUGCUUUUCUGUCAACAUGUAUUCAUCUGUUUAUCUGGUUCUGUAACUUUUGGUCAUCUUGGAAGACAGUGCCAUAACUCCUCAGUGCAUCAUAGGACUAUUGGAAAUUAAAUACUGCUGCCUGGGAGGACUAGCAGCUCUAACAAUUAUUUUUGCAGAACACCUAUGCAGUAGUGGAAUUGAAGAAGUCUGGAGGAGGGUAGACUGUGGCAGUAUACAUAUUGUAGGACUUUUUCACACAUAUGUAGGAAUGACGGUGAAAGACAGCAAAUUAUGUUAUAAAUGUUGGCUUGAAGGAUGGAGCAUCUUCCCCUUUUUUGUUGCUUUGGAUAAAGACACACUAUUUUUUAUUUCAGGUGGUAGACACAGGUGCAAAGAUGUUGAUCUGAUUACUCGUAUUUGUAGAAACUCUUCUUCCUCUGCAGUCAGGGAUAUAAUUUGCAAAAAGCAAUGUUAGCCUUCUCUGUAGCUCUGACAGUUUUGUGUGAGUCUGUGAAUGUGGUUAUGUAAGCUCUGAACAUGAUACAAAAAUCCUAAAUUUGAGUAUCUCAAGUAUUUCUGUAGGGGAAAAAUGAAACCCUGGGUGGGGAUGACUAAAAUCUUGAACUUUUAACCUGAUCAGAUAAAAGUUUUAUAAGUGUUUCUUUGUGCUUUUCUUUCCUGUAAUUGAAGUUGAAAUUCAGAGAAUUGAAAUACAGAUACACUGAGGCAAACUUGUAUUCAGUACUUCAGCCUUCUCCAUGUUCUAUGUAAUGAGGUACCCCGUCUCAUUCAGCAGUGGGCCCAAGUUUUCCCCAGUCUUCCUUUUGUCACCUAUAGAGUGUUGUCUAUUUUAAUGCAGGAUCAUGGAGAGAAAAACAUCUUAAAAGGGGAUGAUAGCAGUAUUUUUUUCUUUGAUUGGCUAGCUAGUUACAUAAUAGAGUAAAAUGAAUGAAGAAGUGUGAACCUCUUCUAAGUAAUGAGCAUCUUCAUCCUUCUGUCACUCUUUCUGCCAAGUUGAAGCUGUGUAGAGUUACACUGGCUUGGCUUGAAGAGGAAAAAGGAAAAAAGAGAGACCUCGUUGAGAUCAGUUUCAAAGGUCAUAUAUUCCUCCUCUCUAUUUUUGUUACAUGUAAAACUGUGGGAGUGAGUAAAAAGUGCUCAUUUGGAAGUGCCUAAGAGUGAUGCAGGGAGGCAGAAGCUGAUUUCGUUCUCAUUUUAGUGGUGAAAUAAUUGCUGCUUUUUUUUCGAGCCUUGAUUAUAAUCUUUUGCUCUGUAAAGCUUACUAACUAGCCCAUAAUCCUGGGAUUGUGUCCCCCAACUGUCAGUAUUCCUGUUGUUUCAAAGGUCAUGCAGAGCGAUUUUGAGACUUGUUAAAAUCUGAACAGUCUGUUGUAAACGCACUGUGUUGUGAGUCCGCAACUGUAUCUAUCUAUAACAUUUUAUGUAUCUUUUUUUUAGUGUGAAAGCUACAGAGAUAGGUUGGGUGGUUAUUUAAUAGCAAAGUAUUUUGCUACUUUGUUCUCUGAUGGUUUGUUCUAAAUAAAUCCUCAUUAUUGUGGCUGUGGUAAUGACUGGAGUCCUGUGUGUACUUAAAAUAUGCCAUUACAGUGAUCCAGUGGGCUUUUAAAUUCCUUCCGUACAUAAUCAUCCAUCCCUGUCCUAGCAGAUAAUUUUGAUUAGCUGUAAUUUGUCCCAUUUGAAUCAGAAUUAGCUUCCAUCAGCUCCAGAAUCUCACAGUCCUGCUGUACACACUGAGGAGUCCUACACAAGCUGCUUCUCCUUAUGGCUUUGUGGACCACUGCUAGUUUUAUUUCAGCUUUCAUUAUCUGCAGGGGAACUGUUUAGCGCUGAUAGCAAAGGCUACACAUCUCUACUUCUUUUCUUUUUAAAAUACACAAAGCCAUUUUCAUCCACAGAGAUUCACAGAGAUUUUUAGCAUCCAAAAUCAAAGCCCUUUCAAACAGAUGCCAGCACAAGGGGAAGGGGGGAUUGCAUCCCAUGUUGUCUGAACAGACAAGUGUGAACAGAUGUACAGCUUGAAGCCUGCAGAAACCCUCUCUGCCAAUGGUUCCUUUCCAGUUGUGACAGCUGGAAGAAAACGAAUAUGCCACAAAACCACCACAACAAUUGCUAUUACCCUGCGUUGGCUGUCCCAGCUCUGACAUCCAGAACUGGAAAGACAAAGACUCAUCUACUCAUCUACCCUUCCAGGUGGACACUGAGGCAAUUGGCAAGGAAGUGGGAAAAAACAAAAUGAAUGGUGGCACACCUUAGAAAGUCUGGUGUUCAAAUGCAAGAGGUCAUGACUUGACUAAAUUUUUCCCUUUCUCAUAUUUAGUUUUAUUCAGUAGUUAUGGAGACACUCUAUCUCCCCAAGCAAUUGCGCUAAUGCUGUCUAGAUUUCCAAGAGUGAGGUUUUCAAACAGGUGUGAACUCUUCCUCAACUGCCAACUCUCCAGACUACUGCUGUAGAACAGGUUUCCUCUUAUUGAAGACCCUUUUGAAGGAAGGAUCUUUCCACGGGUUUCCUACUCCUGCAUGUUAUGAAAAGUAAGGGAAGUACUCUGCAGCUUGCUUGCUUUAUCUCUGAUGUAUGUACCAGCUAUUGCUACUGAUUUCAGCUCUUGCCUGGGCAUGUAUGUGGUACUGUUAUGAACAGAUGCCUCUCAUCUGCACAGUGUUACUCAAGGUGUGAUCUACAAAGUGCUUUUCUUCUUUUUGUUUUUUUUAAUCCCUGUGCUUUUAUGAGCAAAAUAGUGGGGAGGGAGAAAUUAAUAAAUAAAUGCUCAGUUUUACUCU